CAAUAUUGGGCAAACGGGUAACGCAUGACACAAUAGUAUAUCACGCUUGUUUCAUUACACGGAUCAGUUAUAAAUAACAAUGCAAAGUUUACGUGUUUAAGUCUUCCAAUUUUAUGUGUAGAUAUUGUGAUAAAAAUAGAUCCGCCGAAUCAGAAUUUCCGAUAAAACGUAAAGACAUUAGCGAGCCUGUCAGUUGAUCUGCAGUAGGGGAGAGAACGCUCUGGCAGUCGCUGUACACAUGGCAGGGAGAUGUAACAGGCCGCCGUCCUUCAGAAGAGUAGGUCUCAACAUGAAGAACCUGUGCUGCUGUGUCUGGUCAGGAUAUCAGCUGGUGCCGCCAGACGAGGACCUGGAGGACGAGGACCGCCUGACAGAAGAUGAAAGAAGGUCCUGUGUGUCCGAGAGGGCACUAAUGCAGGUGUCCCAACACAUUGGUGGGGGUUUCCAGGUCCUGGGACUGAGACUGGGCCUUCCGUAUGUCAGUGUGAAGAGAUGCACGCUGUCACAGUCAUCACCUCAGAUGCAGAUAUUCGUCAUGUUAAACACGUGGAGACAACUGAAGGGGAGACAAGCAACUGUUGAAGUACUGGUUCAAGUUCUGUCCGACAGCAUGUCUGUCUGCACGGUAGACAUGCCUCGUGUGUACAGUGUGAUCCGUGAAAUGUAACACUACCAAAGACUGACACCAUAUACUCAUGUGGCAGAAAGAAACUUCAGCUCCCCGAGAUAUAUUACAUAUUUUAACCAGGGAGUCUGUAUAUAUCUUAGUAUAGUGUCCCUGCAUUAACGAAUGUUUCCUUAACAUGGACUACAUGUGUGCAGCAGUUUUGUUAUAAUGAUAACUCACUUGAAUAUUUUUGUCAUUGUAAACAAUGUUCAUGUACCCCUGCGUGGAUUAUGAACUCUUUAUUUCUCCUAUACUGUGACAACAUUGGAUAUAUUAUGAAACGUUAAUCUUAAUAAAACGUUAAAAAGAUUACAAUAUG